CUGCCUUUUCUCUCUAAAUUCAACUUUUUGCAGCUUGCAGGAAGGUUGGGUGCAGGGCUCCCUGAAUGGGGGGGACCUCACAGGGGGCUGCACUACUGCCCUGGGGGGAAUCUGGCUCCCUAGAUCUCUAGCUCCACAGCCAAGUGCUGUGGGUCAUCCUAAAAACCAUUAAUCUCCUGUAUAGCUCCCCCCUCCCCAUACCCAGCUAGGCCCUGCUCCCCAGGAUCCGUAUUCCCAGUUUAGGGUGCACUGGGAGGGAUGCACCAGACAUGGGGAUGCUACUGGAAGUGGCCAGAGCCUGACAGCUGAACCCGAAGACUGCACAGCCCUGCCAUUCCUCGGGGUCCUGCCAUGAAGUAUCCGCACCCCCUGCUUGUAGAGGUAUGGCCUCUUCCUUGCACACGUUCUCCUCGCACAGCCUCCAGUUGUCCUCUUUCUGUAGUGUGAAGAAACCAAAGUUGGAAGUGAGCUCCACCUGGGAUAUGACCGGAUACGGCUGCCACAGCAAGGUCUAUAACCCAGGCAAAAGCAGCUCUACAUCUGGGCAGCCAUUGCUCUCCUACGCUUCCUUCCUUCAAGCACCUUUCGAACAGACGGUCAUCUUCCCUACCAGCUCUGGUCACAUUGUGGUGACCUCUUCUUCCAGUAGUGGGUCUUCAGCAGCAACAGCGAGCGGUCAAACGCUCGGUGGCCCUCCAACCAACCUCAUGCGUCGCAGUACGGUCAGCCUUCUGGACACGUACCAGAAGUGCGGUUUAAAGAGAAAGUGCGAGGAGCUUGACAACGGCAGUGUGCAGAUUGUAGACGAACAUCUUCCCAUGACCCAGAACAAUGCAAGUGGGGCCACAGCUGCAACCACCUCCAAGAACAGUGGCUCCAACGGUGAAGGAGAUUACCAACUGGUGCAACAUGAGGUCCUCUGCUCCAUGACUAAUACGUAUGAAGUGUUAGAAUUCCUGGGGCGAGGCACCUUUGGGCAAGUGGUCAAGUGCUGGAAAAGAGGCACCAAUGAGAUUGUGGCAAUCAAAAUCUUGAAGAAUCACCCAUCCUAUGCCAGGCAAGGACAAAUUGAAGUCAGUAUAUUGGCACGGCUGAGCACUGAGAGUGCAGAUGACUACAACUUUGUAAGGGCCUAUGAGUGUUUCCAGCACAAGAACCACACUUGCCUCGUCUUUGAGAUGCUGGAGCAAAACCUCUACGACUUUCUGAAACAGAACAAGUUCAGUCCACUGCCGCUGAAGUACAUCAGGCCGGUUCUGCAGCAGGUGGCCACAGCUCUCAUGAAAUUGAAGAGUCUUGGUCUUAUUCAUGCUGAUCUCAAACCGGAGAACAUCAUGCUGGUUGACCCUUCCAGGCAGCCAUACCGGGUCAAAGUCAUCGAUUUUGGAUCUGCAAGUCAUGUGUCUAAAGCUGUGUGUUCCACCUACCUGCAGUCCAGAUAUUACAGGGCUCCGGAGAUAAUACUGGGAUUACCGUUUAGUGAAGCCAUCGACAUGUGGUCUUUGGGGUGUGUGAUCGCUGAGCUCUUUUUGGGGUGGCCGCUGUAUCCUGGGGCCUCUGAAUAUGAUCAGAUCCGGUACAUAUCGCAGACUCAGGGCCUGCCUGCCGAAUAUCUUCUCAGCUCUGGGACCAAGACCACCAGGUUCUUUAAUAGAGAUGGUGACUCCCCGUAUCCUCUGUGGAGACUUAAGACGCCUGAUGAUCAUGAGUCCGAAACUGGCAUCAAAUCCAAGGAAGCCAGAAAGUACAUCUUCAACUGCUUGGAUGAUAUGGCUCAGGUAAAUAUGACCUCGGAUUUGGAAGGCAGCGACAUGCUGGUGGAGAAGGCGGACAGAAGAGAGUUCAUUGACCUGCUUAAGAAAAUGUUGAUCAUCGAUGCAGAUAAGAGAAUCACUCCCAUCGAGACUCUGAACCAUCCAUUUGUCACAAUGACUCAUCUCCUGGACUUCCCACAUAGCUCACAUGUAAAGUCUUGCUUCCAGAAUAUGGAAAUCUGCAAGAGACGGGUGAAUAUGUACGACACUGUGAACCACAGCAAGACCCCAUUUAUCACGCACGUGGCCCCCAGCACUUCCAGUAACCUCACCAUGACAUUCAGCAAUCAACUGAAUACCAUGCACAGCCAGCCCUCUGCUGCCUCUAUGGCAGCCAUCGCCCAAAGGAGCAUGCCCCUCCAGACUGGAGCAGCGCAGAUCUGUGCCCGGCCUGACCCCUUCCAGCAAGCUUUGAUCGUCUGUCCUCCAGCUUUCCAAGGGCUGCAAACCUCUCCUUCCAAACAUGGCGGCUUCUCCGUCCGAAUGGAUAACGCGGUCCCUCUGGUGACGCAAACAGCCAGUGCUCAAGCUUUGCAAAUCCAGUCUAGCCUCCUGACACAGGCAUGGCCUAGCGGCACUCAGCAGAUACUACUGCCCCCCGCCUGGCAGCAGUUGGCAGGAGUGGCGGCUCACACAUCAGUCCAGCAUGCUACGGUCAUCCCAGAGAGCAUGACUGGCGCCCAGCAGCUGACAGACUGGAGGAACACUCACGCCCACGGCGGCCACUAUAACCCAAUCAUGCAGCAGCCUACGCUCCUCGCGGGCCAUGUAACCUUACCCUCUGCCCAGCCUCUGAAUGUGGGUGUAGCUCACGUUAUGAGACAGCAGCCAACCAGCAGUGCUUCCUCUUCUCGCAAAAAGCAGCAUCACUCCGCAGUGAGAAAUAAUUCCUCCUACGAGGUGUCAUCUAGCCAAUCACACAGUUCCCCACAACGUUCCAAGCGUGUGAAGGAGAACACACCCCCUCGCUGUUCCAUACCACAGAGCUCAGCUCCUUGCGGCCCUUCCAUUACCUGCGGCUGGGGAGAGAGCUCUGUAGGUGCCUCUCGAGGUGACCAUCAGCGGCAAACAAUCGUCAUCCCAGACACUCCCAGCCCCGCGGUCAGCGUCAUCACCAUCAGCAGUGACACUGACGAAGAAGAGGAGCAGAAACACAUCGCCCCCAGCCUCCCCAAGCAGCGCCGGAAUGUUAUCAGCUGUGUUACGGUGCACGAUUCUCCCAUCUCUGAUUCUUCAAGCAACACCAGCCCCUAUGCCGCCACUGGGCAAAGACGUGCAUCUAAUGCCACUGCCCAUGAGGCCAAAUGCCAGCCGGAUAUUCCCUGCUCUACAAACUCGCGCACCAUAAUUGUGCCACCUCUGAAGACCCAACCCAGUGAGGGGCGAAUGGAAUGUGAGCGGAGGCAGCCAGAUACAACAAGUCACCACUCCUACAAACCCAAAUCCUCGUCCUCCACAGUGGCUUCCAGUACACAUUCCUCCAGCAACUCUACCACGUCAGCCACAUAUCGCCAGCCCAGAGCUGCUGGCCAUGCCUUCCAACAGCAGCCGCUCAACCUCAGCCAGAUCUCCCAACAUAUUAGCACAGAACGAUCUGGAAGCCACCGAAGGCAACAGGCGUAUAUAACUCCCACCCUCGCCCAAGCUCCAUACUCCUUUCCGCACAACAGUCCCAGCCAUGGGGCGGUCCACCCUCACUUGGCGGCUACGGCUCACUUGCCCAGCCAGCCGCACCUCUACACCUACACUGCGCCAGCUGCUUUGGGCUCCACUGGCACUGUGGCACAUCUAGUGGCAUCUCAAGGAUCUGCACGCCACACUGCAUACCCUGCCAGCAUCGUCCCAGUGGGCAUGGCCUCUCGGCUGCUUCCAUCUCCAAGUCUUCACCCCAGUCAAUACCAGGCACAGUUCACCCAUCAGACUUACAUCCCUGCAUCUCCCACGUCCGCAGUCUACACUGGAUACCCUCUGAGUCCACCAAAGGUUAAUCAGUACCCUUACAUCUAGAUGGUGGAGGCAGGACUAAGGGGAGGCGCAGACUAUUAUAAAGCAACUCUUUCACUUUUCUUCCUCUUUAUUUGUGUACAUCUGGUGGGUUGAUGCCAGCCAGGUAGGAGGAGAAGGGGUGUGAUGAACCGAGAGAUGUUGAGAAGGGACCUCUGAGCACCUUGGACCCCCGAACUCUCCCACUGUCUGUGAGGUUUGAACCUUGCCCACUUUUGAGGUCUUCUCUUUCCCAUGGACUUUUGGGGAGGGCACAUGUUGCUGGAGGUGUGUCCAGAGGUGACAGAUGUGCUGUAUUUAUUGAUCAUAGAUACUUAUCAGAUACUCGCCAGGAUCUGGUGCCGUAGAGACUUAGAAGCUUAUGAAGAGUCUAUAGAGUUAGGGUUCUGGAUCUUUCUGUGACUCUCUCUAGUUUUUAAUUUCUGGUUUUAAUUUUAAUAGUAGCAGAGAGAUUGAGCUGUAUUUGCACUCUGCGCCAAAGGGAGACCCCACUUAGUUAUGUUUUUUUUGUUUUUGUUUUUUACUCUCCACCACCCUUAACCCCUCUCCCGUUUUUAUAAUGAGGGGGAGUGGCACUCUGGAUACCUCUGAUAACACGUUUGCACCGCUUUUAAGUUUAAAGCCCCUCCCCCUCAGUGUUGAUUGUGAUGAAGUUUUAGAAGGUUGUAAUUUUUAACGUUUUACAGAAGGAUGAUGGUCUCAAUUUUUAAAAAAAAUACCAAAAAAUUAAAAAACUAAGAAAAAAAAUCAUAUAAUAAUAAUUAAAGGGGACAAAAGGUAUUACUUUGGGAAGAGGGAUCUGGGAUGUCGUGAAGGGCACGAGUAGGGGCAAUGUGGUCAUGUGGAGCAAGAAGCUGGCAAGUAAAGAUCUGUGUAUGUCUACCAGAGGAAUGAUGGGAAAACACAUGGAAAGUAAUGGAAGGACUCGAAAUGGACACAGCUACUAAUUUCUCUCUAUUCUAAGUCACUUUAAUGUCUUUUAGAAUGGGACAGCUCCUUCCCCUGCGCUACAGUGUAGCACAGCCCAAUGCUCUCAGUUUUCUACUCUUCACCAAUAGAUCUAUGAAUAUUAUAUAUAUAUAUAUAUUUUGUUUUUACUUUCAGGUUGCACAAUAGAACUCAAAAAUCUUUGUUUUUCCCGUCGUCUGAGACCCUAACCGUAAAAUUACCGGCAUGUGAUGUUGUGAUGUCCCGAUACCCGCGCGUGUGUGUGAGCCUCCCGCCAUUCUAUGUCCUCUGCUCCUAGUGCCUUACAAACUGCUAAACAUGUCUGGUCCUUUUUGUUUCUCUAACAUCAAGACCCGUUAGGUUGGUUGUCAGUGAGUCACCCCCUCCCCCACUCCUAGUGCUGAAGUUUCACAGACCCUCAAUUGUUUUUUUGUAUUUUUUUUUUUCGUACCACACCAAGUUUGGGAGUGACAUACAUGUCUAUGUGUCUGCUCGAGGUGAGUCCAGUAUUAGUCGCGCUCACAAACUGUGGUAAAGAAUAAAACCUGUAAUAAUCAUCACUGUACGGCUUUCUGUUUAACCCCUUAGCGGCAGGGAGGAGGGUAGCCCCAGUAGUCACUGUUACUUCGAUUUCUUUUUUUUUUUUUUUUAAAGAAGGUUUUCAAAAAUAAAGGAAAUCCCAAGUGUUGGCGCAUCGUGAUAUUGAGGAGUGUCUACGUGAGUAAGAUUAACCCCUUCAGUGGUGAGGAGGUUAAAAUAACAAAAGGGAAUAAAAGACUUGUAAUUUGUGA